AUGCUUCUGCUUCUCCAGGCCUUUGGCGUCGCUGCCAUGGCGGCCGGCGUAUCUGCGGUCAAUCUCACCGUCAAGAACAGCGGAGGAAAUGCCACUUCCCCGUACCAGUAUGGAAUCAUGUUCGAGGACAUUAACAAUUCCGGCGAUGGCGGCGUGUACGCCGAAUUGAUCCAGAACAGGGCUUUUCAGGGAGAUGGCGUCAGUCGACGAACACAACAGAUGUGUUGGAAAGGAAAUGCUAAGAGCUUGAAUAGAUCUUCCCAAGCAAUCUCUCCUUCUGGUCUCCUGUCGGCGAUACAUCGCUAAGCCUUCAGAAUCUCUCCAAGCCGCUCUCCGCUGCUUUGCCGACUUCGAUGCGAGUCGGCGGGAUUGGUGAGCUUGGCUUCUCCAAUGCUGGCUUUUGGGGCUUUCCCGUGAGUAUCGGCAGCAUGAACAUGGAGAUGGCGCUGCAGUGCAUACUGAGUCUUCUCGCCUAGGUUGUGUCUUCGUGGACAUAUAAGGGCUCGUUCUGGGUUCAUGGUGGCUACAAUGGCGAUAUCAAGGUGGACUUGCACUCGUCAUUGCAGAACCAUUCGUAAGUGAGAUAUCGCUCACUUGAAGUAGUCGCGCUACUGACCAUCUGCCGUGUAGGUGGGCACAAGCUGCGGUCCGAGUAGCUUCCAAAUCAGACUCAUGGACCCAGUUCAACUACACCCUCCGACCGACCGCCGACGCUCCCAACUCGAACAACACGUUGACCUUCACAUACAACUCCCGGGGCAACACAACGCUGGACUUCAAUCUGCUUAGCCUGUUCCCGCCAACCUACAAGAACAGAGAAAACGGUCUCCGUAUCGAUCUCAUGGAAGCUAUGGCAAGUCUCAAGCCUUCUUUCUUCCGUGCACCGGGAGGCAACAAUGUCGAAGGCCUGCAGUCACCCUACUGGUGGAACUGGACCGAGACGAUUGGACCCAUCAAGGAUCGUCGGGGAUAUCCUGGUACUUGGUCCUAUGAGAACACGAAUGGUCUAGGCUUGCUGGAAUACGCUCUCUGGGCCAGAGAUCUGGACAUGGAACUGUUGCUCGCUGUCUGGAGUGGUUUUUGGCUGGAUGGAGAGGCCUUGACGGAAGAAGAGCUGCAGCCGUAUGUUCAAUCUGCUUUGGAUGAGAUUGAGUUUUUGAGAGGCGAUGUUUCGACGACUUGGGGCGCUGUGCGUGCGAGUCUGGGAUAUCCAGAACCCUUCUCGGUCAAGGUACGGGCAAGAAGAAUCAUCUUCUCGAACAGAGCUGACCUUCGCAGUUCGUAGAAGUUGGCAACGAGGACAGCUUGAACGGCGGCGGCCCAACAUACCGCUCCUACAGAUUCAAUACUUUCUACGAUGCGAUCGCCAAAGCAUACCCAGAUAUCACCAUCAUCGCCAGCUUCUACGACGUUGACGGUGCAACUCCUCCUUUCAAUGCCUCUGGCGGUAUGUCUCUCAUUCUUCCUGCAACCUCCACCUUCCCUCACUAACCCCGCUCUCUCAAGACUUCCACGAAUACGCCCUUCCCAGCGAAAUGGUCAGCCAAUUCGGCUACUUCGACAACUACACCUCCGCGCACCCGAUCCUCAUCGGCGAAUACGCCGUCGUGCAGUACGACCAACCCAACCAGACAGCCGUCAGCUGGGCCGCCGGCGCCCCCCGAGCCUUCUCCCCCUUCUGGUCCGGCACCGUCGCCGAAGCCAUCUUCCUCCUCGGCGCCGAGCGCAAUUCCCACAAACUCAUCGGCGCCGCCUACGCACCCCUAUUUCAGAAUCUGAACCGCUGGGAGUGGAUCCCCGACCUCAUCCAGUACGACGCCUUCCCGGGACACACGACCCUGACGACAAGCUACCGCAUGAUCGAGCUGUUUUCUGGAACGCGGAUCACGGAGACUCUACCCCUGGUCGGCGCGGCUUUCGAUCCGGCGUAUUACGUUGCCGGCCGGAAUGACGUUACGGGUUCGUAUAUCUUGAAAGCUGCGGUCUAUAACAGCACUGACGCCGUUCCUUUUCGCGCGACGUUUGAGGGCGUCGCGGCGGGUGCGAAGGGGGUGUUGACUUUUCUCACCGCGCCGAGGAAUUCCAGUAACCCGAUCGGGGGCAAUGUCGUGCAGACGCACGUGGAAGAGGUCCGCGCAGGUGGGAAUGGGACUUUCAGUUUCGAAUUGCCGGAGUUUUCGAUUGCGGUUUUGGAGAUUGCUGCUGGAUCUGGAUCUGGAUCUGGAGCGGAGGGAUAUGGGAAGGAUAAGAGAAGGGAUACCGAGACGAGAGGAUGGAAGGGUUCCGAGGAUUGGAGGAGGGAGUGGAGAUGA